AUGAGGACCAGCGACAAACUCGUGAUGAACUGGACAUGUGUUCACGACGUCAUGUCGGCUGGCUUCACAGUGCUAUACUGCGGUCUAUCUCGGCAGGAUUUGACACGAAACCAUGCCGUCUCGUUACAAGCUUGGAACCGGCAACUCUCCAUGAUACUCGAAAUCACCUCUUCGAUCAUCGACACCUUGGCACACAUCGCGGAAACCUGGACGAGCGUGGGUAAGCAUAUCCGCAUCUUCAAGGCUUUGGCGGGGAAGGUCGUGGACUCACUCCAAUCAACAUUCGUGGUCGACCUCGGAGGUGACGCGGCAUCAAUUGCGCCCUUGAGGAAUACGGGCGAACAAGGUCCCACUGGGGACUUCAGCACCGAAAUUCACCAGGCACAGUCGUGGAACAUGCCACCGGCUUUCUCUGACAACAUGUUAAACUUGGACAACAUCGAUUGGAGCAUGAUUGACUGGGAUGAGAUUCUGCCCCCCGGGGAGAGUCCGCAAUGGAUGCACAACACCUUGGGCAACUUUGAUGGUUCAGGGUAUGUUGCAGAUCAGUGA